UUCCCAUUUACAAUAUUUAUUUUAACUGCAUUGUGAUUUCGGAACCUUUUGUAUACAUUGACAAGUUGAAAUUCUCACGAGAUCUGCUCGCUAACACACACGGAUCUUUUUUGUCAGUGUGCAAGUACGUGAUAUGUAAGAGUUGAUAUCAUGGGAAACAAAACAUCGAGAGGUGAUAAGCAAGAAAGCCAAAAGGAAAUAUUUAUACACUUGUACUCGGAAGAACUUUCAUCACACAAUGUCGAUGGCAUAGUCUGCUUCACAGACAGAAAAUGGUCAACAGAUAAUACGUGCUGCCACCUAUUGGCAAAACAUGGAGGAAAUCAUUAUACGUCAGAUCGUCAUGCGAUUAAACAUGACAAUAAAGAUUGUCAGUCUGGCGAUGUUUUUGUAGGAGCUGGUGGAAUGUUGCCGUGUAAAAAAGUGAUGUUUUGUGUUGUCGCAGAAAACGAAGUAACACAAGGAAGUUAUGAUCAUGGUACAGUUACCAUGGUAACAAAUAUGCUAGAUGCAGCAUCACGUGAAGAUUUUUUCUCUGUGGCGAUAUUAAUUGGAGGCAGUGAUGCUAGCCCGAACCCAACUUGUCUCAUUCCUCUUAUUUACUGUAAAUUCCUGGUGUUUAAAUCAAGUCUACAAGAAAUUCAUUUGGUCUCGCUGGAUGAGUCAUUGGUUGAUUCAAUGCAGAAAGUCUUGAGAGAGUCCCAUGAGCUUUCUCUUUCUCAAGAAACAGCAUUGAAUGAUCCAGGUCCCAGAAACUCUUCACCUCCAAAGAAGGAAAUCUCACACAAGGAGCAGGUUCAGAAAACUUCAACACAAGGAAAGCUGCCUGUUUCUGAGGAAACUCCAAAACGAGCAACUUUUUUAGCACAUGUUGACAGCUAUCCCAGUGAUGACGAGGACGCUGUUGAUGAGGACUAUAUUAACAACAUCAUGGGAAUAAAGGAUGUGAAAAUUCAGUCUGACAGUGUGCAUGAUGAAGUUGACAGUGCUAAUCAGGCUUCAGAGUCAGAGUUAGGGGCUGUUGGCGGCUGCUAUCAAUCUGGUAACAUUCCAGAGUUUGUACAGCACUGUGAAUCCUCUGAUGAUGAAUAUGAAGAUGAAUUCAAGAAAACAAUGUUUAAGAGACUAGAUUCAACAACUAGCACAGCCAGUCAAGAUGAAAAUCUGGAUUUUAAUAACAUUCCAAAUUCUGUAGGAAAAUCAAAAGAGGGGCAACUUUCACCAGCAGCUGUGGUGCCUUAUUCUCCUCAUUCACCGAAUAAAGGCUUUGUGUGUUCAAUUUGUUUUGAAGAAAAGGGACCUUUGUCACAGAAAAAACUUGAAAAGUGUCAGCAUAUAUUUUGUAAAGAGUGUAUUGAGAAACAUCUACGAAAUCAUGGGACUUGUCCUGUGUGUAAACAGCGCUAUUCAGAACCUGAAGGCAAUCAGCCUGAUGGCAUCAUGUCCUACUUUAUAACAAAGGAUUUUAAGGUGGAGGGUUAUGAGAGUUACGGAACUAUUGUUAUAGAAUAUGACAUUCCUGAUGGGAUACAAACGGAUCGCCAUCCAAACCCUGGCAUGAGAUACAAAGGUUUACAUAGAUCAGCCCUUUUACCAGACAGUCCUGAUGGUAACAGAAUCCUCGCCCUACUGAUGAAAGCCUUUGACAGAAAACUUAUCUUCACUGUGGGAACCUCCAUCACCACUGGACGUGAGAAUGUAACAACAUGGAACGACAUUCAUCAUAAAACCAGCCGUAACGGGGGACCACAGCGAUUUGGCUAUCCUGAUCCGACCUACCUGAGACGAGUCUAUGAUGAACUGAUUGCCAAAGGAAUCACAGAGGAUGACUAGAAUGCAAAUCAUUAAGUGAUAUAUAUAUAUAUAUGUAUUAUCCUUAAUUUUUC